AUGUUAUGGAUUAACACAAGAUCCAUCAAAUGGAAAUUAUAUGCUUGUAAUGAAUAUGUUGGAUAUAGAUUUAAGAAAAUAUUUACAACAAAAUCAUAAUAAUCUUACAUGGAAAGAAAGAAUACAAAUUAUUACUGAUAUAAUUCUUGCACUUCGAAGAAUUCAUGAAGAAAAUGCAAUUCAUAGAGAUUUGCAUUCUGGAAAUAUAUUAUAUAAUUUUGGUAAUGCAUUCCGUAUUAGUGACCUUGGAUUUUGUGGACCUGUAGAUAAACCAUUAAAAAGUAUAUAUGGAAAUCUUUCUUAUAUAGCACCUGAGGUUAUUAUUGGAAAAGAACAGAAUUUUAAAUCUGAUAUUUAUAGUAUUUCAAUGCUUAUGUGGGAAAUUUCAUCGGGACAACCACCAUUUAAUAAUUAUGAACAUGAUUAUGAUCUUGCAAUGAAUAUUGUUAAUGGUAUGAGACCAAAAAUUGUACCAGGAACUCCUUUAGAAUAUGAAAAUUAAAUGAAACAAUGUUGGGAUGCUGAUGCAUCAAAAAGACCUGACAUUGUUACACUUAGGAAAAAAAUGAAAGAAGUUAAUUUAUUUUAUCAAAGUAAAUCAAAUGAAUCAUUAACUCAACCAGAAGAAAAUAAUAAUUUUGAAAUGGAAAAUUAUACUAGCAGUAGCAAACUAUUUACAAGCAAACUUCAUCAAUUUGAUAAUCUUCCUGAACCAAGAAAUGCAACAGAAGAGCAUUUCAUAGUAAUAAAUCAUAUGAUUUUCACAUUC